AUGGAUGUUGCUGCAGGACUCCUUGGCACAGGCGUAGACGUUCAUCCAUUUGUAAGAAUAUCAUCAGAACUCGUUUUCAGAGAAGAGACUGAACCGUCUAAAUUCUUCAAUUAUGAGGAAGGUGGUGAACCUGUAUGGCUGACCAGAACAGAUCUGCGACGUCUUGAAAAUGCAGUAAACAUGCGUCUCUUAGAAUGGCUAGAGUCAGAUCAAAAUAAGCUGAAGUGUGCUAUAGAUAAACUUGGUUUUAACAUACAAGAGCAGAUCGAUUAUAGAAGCAAACCUAUCCUUCAGUGCGCUGUUGCAUUGAAGAACAUAACACCGUUGGUGAUGGAACUGAAACGUAAAGCAAUAUUACCGGCGAUUUAUUUCAAUGAAAAUCGCCAAGUGUGUAAGCUGCUUGCAGAGAAACUUUUCGAACAUUUAGAAAAAUCACAAAGUGAAUUCGAAUCAAUUGCCGAGUUUAAGGAUAAAUUUAUAAUAAGGGAUGAACAUGUGCGUAAAUUUUGUUCAUUUCUUGCUGUUUAA